GCGGUCCCGCGAGGAUGUGAGGCGGGCGGGCAGCCCGGCCGCCCCCGCCGUGGCAUGAGCCCCCUCGGCCCGAGCCGUCGGCGCGGCGCGUAGCCGAGGCUCGGCGGGGCGAUGCUGCCCUGGAAGCGGAGCAAGGUGGAGCUGGGCGCCGGCGAGGCGAGGCGGCAGGGCAAGGCCAAGGGCUACGCGGUGAGCGUGCACUACUCGGCGCUCACCUCGCUGGCUCGAGCGUGCCCCGAGAGCGCCCUGCACCGCGUGGGCAGCAUGUUCCGCUCCAAGCGGCGGAAAUUCCGCGUGACCAGCGAGGAUCCCACGUACACCGUGCUCUACCUGGGCAACGCCACCACCAUCCAGUCCAAGGGCGAGGGCUGCACCGACCUGGCCGUCUGCAAGAUCUGGAGCAAGAGCGAGGCCGGCCGGCAGGGCACCAAGAUGAAGCUGACCAUCAGCGCGCAGGGCAUCCGCAUGGCCCACGCCGAGGACAAGGGGCUGCGACGGCCCGGCCACCUCUACCUGCUGCACCGUGUCACCUACUGCGUGGCCGACCCGCGCCUGCCGCGCGUCUUCGCCUGGAUCUACCGCCACGAGCUGAAGCACAAGGCGGUGAUGCUGCGCUGCCACGCUGUGCUGGUCUCCAAGCCCGAGAAGGCGAAGGCCAUGGCCCUGCUGCUCUACCAGACCUCGGCCACGGCGCUGGCUGAGUUCCGCCGCCUGAAGAAGCGGGACGACGCGCGGCACCAGCAGCAGCAGCUGGUGGGCGAGCAGAGCAUCCCGCUGGUGCCGCUGCGCAAGCUGCUCAACGGGCAGUGCUGCUACAAGCCGCCGGUGGAGCGGAGCCGCAGCGCGCCCAAGCUGGGCUCCAUCACCGAGGACCUGCUGGGCGAGGAGCAGGAGGAGCGGGCCAUGCACUGCGAGGACUGCGAGGACAUCCUGGAGGCGCUGGGCGAGCCCGAGGGCGAGCUGCUGCGCUCCGGCGCCGGCCGCGGCGAGGCCCCGGAGCUGGGCCAGCUCCUGCGCGACCUGGGCGAGCUCAGCCUGGGCAACGACCUGCGCUCGCUGCGCGCCGACCUCCGCGUCCGGCGGCUGCUCUCCGGGGAGAGCACGGGCAGCGAGUCCUCCCUGGAGAGCAACGGCCCCGACGGCGCCGCCCCGGCCUGCAACGGCGCCGAGCAGUCGCCCCCCGGCGACCCGGAGACCGGCUGA